AUGUGGCUGCUGGCCGCGGGAGGGUGCCGCGCGCCCGGGCCGUGGCUCCGCGGUGCCGGGCGGUGCCGGCCUCUCCUGCAGAAAUGCUCGGCGGCCUGGGACCCGCGAGACCCCGGCCCGGCCUCUGGCUGCAGACCAGAGCCGCCAGCUGCCUGGCGCCAAGCGGCUCGAUCCUCCUCCUCCAGCAUGGCGGGAAGCAAGCAGGUUCGGUUUCCUUGUGUGGAACCUCUUUGCUGUUUCAGCACAUCACCCCUCCAUGACAGUUCUGAAUAUGGAAGAUUGGUUUACUGUGGAAAUUUGGCCAAGAUGGUACAAGGUGUGAAAUUUUUCUCCUAUUCUACCAGCAUGCUUACCUUUUGCAUAAUGCCUUUUAUCAUCUUCAGAACAGGAAUAAGUACUGACAGUCUGCCCUUGCAAAUUGCCUUUUAUAGUGUUAUAGGAUUCUUCACAUUUGUGACACCAGUUACCCUGCAUGUAAUUACAAAGGGCUAUGUGGUUCGGUUGUACCAUAAGGCUGAAACGGACACCUACACAGCCAUUACAUACAAUGCCAUUUUGGCAGAAAAGAAAACUGUAUUCCGUCAAAAGGAUGUGAAAAUCCCAGACAUCAGCAAGAUGUUCACAACGUUUUAUGCUAAAACAAAAUCAAUGCUUGUGAACCCAGGGCUCUUCCAGUUUCCUCAGGACUAUAACCAUCUUAUGGGGUAUGACAAGCCCUUCAAGUUUGACUGGGAAGAAUCAAAAGAAUCUGCAGAAGGCAAACAGAACUCUAAAGUAUCAGAUGCUUGAGUUGUGGAAGCUUGUAUAUGUGCAGAUGAUUCACAGUUUGCA